ACAAAGUGUUGUACUAGAAACACCGUGUGCUGUUAUUCUUGUUCCCGUACAACUUUCUUCUCCGCCCGGCUAGAUAGUGACACGUUUUUACCACUUGCUUUAGCAGCUAUAUCAUAAUUUGCCGUUAUUAAGACAGCCUACUUGUUGAUAUUGUUCCGUGCUAUCGGUAAACAAUCAAUGCUAGUUCGCUGUCAGCAUGGAAGACACGGCUGUUGACGUAAUUACCCUGCAGAUGCUGAAUGAAGCCCACGACACCGUGAGGGCAAGCCCGUUAGGGGUUAUAAAAACGCCAAUGAUCCCCUGGAGUCAAACCUCAUUGCCACUUAGCACCGCGGGCGAUUUCCAUAUCAAAAUGGAAAACCUGCAGAGGACUGGCUCUUUCAAGAUAAGAGGAGUAGCCAAUCAGUUUGCUCGGAGACCGAGGGGGGGCCACUUUGUCACGAUGUCGGCAGGGAAUUAUGGGAAGUCUUUUGCGUACGCUACAAAACACUACGGAUCUCAGGGCAAAGUGGUGAUGCCCGAAACCGCCCCUAUAUCGAGGUCUGCGCUCAUACAGAGUUUCGGCGUUGAGGUCGAACGCGUGCCAACGUCCUCGCUGAUGGAAGUGGUGAACCGGUGCGUUCAGCGGGAGAACAUGACGUUCCUGCACUCGUACGACGACGUCGACCUGAUCGCUGGGCACGCAAGCCUUGGCUUCGAGGUCCUGGAGGUGGUGCCCAACCCUGACGUGGUGGUGGUCUGCUGUGGGGGAGGGGGUCUACUGGCUGGAGUGGCUGCUGCCAUCAAACUCUCCGGCUGCCAGAACACACGGAUCUAUGGGGUGGAGCCAAGAGGGGCUUGCAGCAUGUUCCAGAGCUUCGCUGAAGGGAGGCCUGUGGAGAUGGCCGCCAAGAGCAUCGCCUCAGGGCUGGCCCCGCCCUCUGCAGGCGCCCUGCCCUACGCUCUGUGUCGGCGGUACGUGGAGGAGAUAGCGCUGGUGAGCGAUGAGGAGAUCCGCUCCGCCGUCUCCACGCUCUACCGCUCUGGCCUCCUGGUGGAGCCCUCCGGGGCGGCCGCCUUCGCCGCCGUGGUCAACGGCAGGAUCCCCGACAUCGCCGGGAAGACCGCCGUGGUCAUCCUGAGCGGGGGAAACAUCGGCAAGGACGAGCUCGUCAACUUCCCCGACUGAGUCCCCACAAACCCCCCAGAAACCGGAGCGGGGGAACGCCGACAACUACAUCUGGAGCGUUCCUCUGUAGAGCGACAGGCAGAAGUCAUGAUUUAUAGAAGUUUUUCAAGCAGAAACGAAAACACAUUUUCGUCCAGCCACUACGUUGGGGGAAAAUUAAAUCCCCCGGCAUCUCCCUGUGGUCUUCCAGGCCACUUCCAGGAACGAACUCAAGACAUUGCAGUCAUUUCAGUGAAUACGUGAAGCCUUUCUUUUCAUAAAU